GAGAGGUACAAGAAAGGAGUUUGUUGUAAGUAAUGUAAGAAAAAAAAAAUCAGCUUUUCUUAUUUUUAAAAUCUGUGACAACAAAUCUGAUGAAGGCCUAGUUUGGUCAGGGUAAGUUGCCUACUAAUUGUGCCUACCACCACUAGAAUUCUUUCCUAAUGGUCCUUGUGGCAUGUCAUAUUUAGCUAAAUUGAAUUGGCAUUUAGGUUUUUGAAAGAAGCAUUCAGUAGUAUUUGCUGAUUAUUGUUUUCUCAGGAAGAGAGAAACAGGAGCCACAAACUUGACCGGUAUGAUGACAGGAAGUAAUCCUCAUGGUCUCUUUUCCUUUGGUAAACCAUUGGGUGGUGAGGGGGGUGUUGUGAUAUCCUUUUUAUUGGUGGUGUAUAGAUUGAAAGAAGGAAGCAGAGAUCAUGAGAGAGAAUCAAGUUGGGACUGAGACCGAGGGACUAGCCAUGACCGAGGGAGGGAUUAUGAUCGUAGGAGCAGAGAUCGUGACAGGUAUAGUGAUCAAGAUCGUGAUAGGGAUUACGAGCGCUCUUGGACUUAUGAUUCUAGAAGUCGCCACAGGUCAUGUUCAAGGUCUAGGGAAUGCUCCAGGGAUCAUGAUUGCCAUAGGUACUUGUUUAACAAUAUCCCAUACUUGUACAACAUAUUAUUAGUUGUGUUUUGUGAUCAUUAACUUAUUAAAUGUGUAAUAUAAUAUAAUAUUUGUUUUCUAUUAUUGUAAAAUGUGCCAACCUGAGUCUUUUACCAUUGUUUUCAAAUUUAAUGCUGAACUCUAGCUACUAUUUGAGUCCAAGAAGCUUAAUAUAAGAUAAAUGCCAGG